AUGAAUGUGAUCAAACUUCAGCGGAAGUUUCCUCAGUUUGACCAAGGCGAAAUCUUCACCCUUCAGGAUGCGUUCAGGAAAUUAGACAUUGAUGAAAAGGGCUACUUGGAUGAAGCAACCGUGAUCAAGUCUACCCAACAAUCGGAGCGCCAACCAUAUGAUGUUGUACGCCAGGCGCUGAAGGAAGUUGAACUCGACAGUUCUCGUCGUGUGGAGCUCGAAGACUAUGUUGAUCUUAUUUCCAAGCUUCGCGCUGCUCCGGCUCAGAGCAAGCCUGCUGAUAGCGCCGCCCCAGCUGGACUACAGGGAAAUGUUACGGGCUCUCGACAUGUCCCUCGAAACAGUAUUGGGGGCAAGAUCCACGUUCAAGGAUCCUCGGCGAAUGUCACUCAUACCAUUAACGAGGACGAGAGAACGGAAUUCACAAGGCAUAUCAAUGCCGUCCUUGCCGGCGACCCGGACAUUGGAAACUCCCUCCCAUUCCCAACUGACACCUUUGAAAUGUUCGACAAAUGUAAAGACGGGUUAGUUUUGGCGAAGUUGAUUAACGACAGUGUACCGGAUACCAUUGAUGAACGAGUUCUGAACAAAUCGGGAAAGAAGAUCAAGGAGCUCAAUGCAUUUCACAUGACGGAGAACAAUAACAUCGUGAUCAACUCAGCCAAGGGUAUUGGUUGCUCUGUUGUGAACAUUGGAAGCGGUGAUAUUAUAGAAGUCCGCGAACAUCUUAUUCUAGGGUUGAUCUGGCAAAUCAUUCGUCGAGGUCUUCUGGGCAAGAUUGAUAUAAAACUUCAUCCCGAGCUAUAUCGGCUCCUGGAGGACGACGAGACUUUGGAGCAGUUUCUUCGUCUACCCCCAGAGCAAAUUCUGCUACGCUGGUUCAAUUACCACCUGAAGAACGCGAAGUGGGAUAGAAGAGUCACGAACUUCUCUACGGAUGUAAAGGAUGGUGAAAACUACACUGUUCUUCUGAACCAACUUGCUCCCGAUACCUGCUCACGUGGGCCCUUACAAACUCAUGAUUUGCUCCAGCGAGCGGAACAAGUUUUGGGGAAUGCGGAUAGACUGGGUUGCCGGAAGUUUUUGACACCUACUUCACUCGUUGCUGGAAACCCAAAACUCAACCUCGCGUUUGUGGCCAACUUGUUCAACACCAUUCCUGGGCUCGAGCCGAUAACCGAAGAGGAUAAACUAGAGGUCGAGGAUUUCGAUGCCGAAGGGGAACGAGAAGCCAGAGUGUUCACCCUAUGGCUGAAUUCCUUGGAUGUCCAGCCUGCAGUUAACUCAUUAUUCGACGACCUUAGGGAUGGCACUGUGCUGCUGCAAGCCUACGAUAAGGUCAUCCCAGGCAGUGUCAAUUGGAGACAUGUUAACAAGGCACCAGCUUCUGGAAACGAGAUGAUGCGGUUCAAGGCCGUGGAGAAUACGAAUUAUGCAACCGAACUUGGCAAGCAUAUUGGCUUUUCUCUUGUAGGUGUACAAGGGGCCGAUAUUACCGAUGGCCAGCGCACUCUCACACUAGGACUGGUGUGGCAAUUGAUGCGGAAGGAUAUCACAAACACACUCUCAAGCUUGGCUCAGCGAAUGGGCAAGCGUGAAAUUACCGAUUCUGAAAUGAUUCGGUGGGCUAACGAUAUGUCUCGUAAGGGAGGCAAAACUUCGUCCAUUCGCAGCUUUAAAGACCAGUCAAUUGGAACUGGUAUAUUCCUUCUUGAUGUGCUCAGUGGGCUGAAAAGUAGUUAUGUGGACUACGAACUGGUGACCGCUGGCCGAACUGACGAGGAGGCCUAUGGAAAUGCUAAAUUGAGCAUCAGCAUAGCGAGAAAAUUGGGUGCCACAAUCUGGUUGGUUCCAGAGGAUAUCUGCCAGGUGCGGUCUCGCUUGAUUACCACAUUCAUCGGUUCUCUUAUGGCCACACAUGAGAAAACGCAGUAA